AUGAGCGACGGUGAAACUCAGAUUAUCUCUUUGGCCCCAGGACCAACUCCAGGUGUAUCAUAUCCAUUCGCUGUUGUCUACUGCGGAGAAUGCUCGAUGCCAUUGGAGUACUGUGAAUUCAGUGGAAUAACUGAGAAAUGCCGUAAAUGGGCUGAAAACAAUGCUCCUGAAGUAUUGGGAGCUCUGACCAUCGAAGAUGAUGGUCAAGAUGAGAAGAGUAAACAUCAGAAGAGAGGAGGCAAAGGAGUCAAGCCAGUGAAAGAGAAGAAGGUUGCGUCUGGAAAAAUUACUCUCCAAAGAGAACCCCGUGGAAAGAAGAGUGUGACCGUCAUUAGAGGAUUAGCACUGAAUGACAUUGAUUUGAAAGUUGCUGCCAAAUUCUUCGCUCAAAAGUUUGCCUGUGGAAGUUCUGUAACUGGAGCAGACGAGAUUGUCAUUCAGGGAGACGUGAAAGACGAUCUCUUCGAUUUGAUCACCGCAAAAUGGCCCCAGGUUUCCGAUGACUUGAUCGAGGACUUGGGAGAUAAGAAACGUUAA